UCUUCAGAGCGGCCAAGAGGCUCCGAACGGAUAGCAGAAAAGGGCGGUGUAGAGCGGGUGGCUGACCGAACGGUUGACCGACUACCCGACCGAACGAUAGGUGGACUACCGGACCGAACGAUUGAUCGACUACCUGAUCGAUUACCGGAUCGAGCGGUUGACCGAGUACCCGAAAAGGAAAUGACAGAUCGAAUUCCUGAUCGCGCUGAAUCAGGCAGUCAAUCAGACCGAAAUUUACAGGAUCGCGCAAGCCGAUAUGACAGAGGAAUCAGUCAAGGACGCCGUGGCGAGAACAAAAGCCGAGACCUGGAGCGCGAAGCAGCGACACGAAAAGUCUCCAAGCGGACGGGACAAGACCGGGCGCCUGAGUACAACCGACCAUCGGAACGGAGUAGAAACCGAGGGCUGGGCGGGAAGCGAAGCUACGAGCCUCCUAACCCUCACUUGUGGUAG